AUGACAUUCCUGUUUUUCAGAAAAACAGUCGUAAUAACAGGUUGUGACAGCGGAUUCGGUCACAGUUUAGCCCAACGAUUACACAGUAAAGGAUACACGGUUUACGCAGCAUGUUUGUUUUCCCAACAAGAUGGCGCCAAGGAACUUCGAGAUAUGGAAUCAGACCGCAUGCACGUUAUCCAACUUGAUGUAACGUGCGAUGAUCAGGUGGAAAAAGCAAUGGAAUAUGUUAAAUCUACGCUUGGUGACAGAGAAUUAUGGGCGUUGAUUAACAAUGCUGGAAUCGCAUCAUUUGGAGAAAUAGAAUGGACAAGUGUACCACUGUUCAAGAAAAUUAUGGAUGUAAACGUGAUUGGUGUUGUAAGGGUAACAAAGGCAUUCCUACCCCUUCUUCGAAAUAUCAAAGGACGUGUUAUUAAUGUUGCAAGUUUAGCGGGUCGAUAUACAAUCCCGGCAUUCUCUGCAUACUCCAUGUCAAAAGUAGCUUGCAUUGCGUUUUCUGACGGCCUCCGGCAAGAGAUGAGCAAGUUUGGAAUCAAAGUUAUUACUGUUGAACCUGGACUUUACAAAACACCAAUUGCGACCAAUGUGAGUAGCGACACUGAGAGACGAUGGGCCAGCACUCCUACGGACAUCAAAGAGGUUUACGGCGAGGAGUACUUCAAAGAAUUCAUGACAGUUAUCAACUCCCAGAUGAAGCGGGCACGUGAAAAUGUGAAGGAGGUUGUCGAUUUGAUGGUACAUGCUGUCACUUCUUCAAAUCCGAAAGUUCGUUAUGUACCAUACUGGGUUACCAACGUGCGUUCGACAAUUCUCAUGUAUCUGCCCAGUGUUCUUCGGGACAAGUUAUUUCGAUCGUAUUCUGUGCGAUGUGAACCCAAGUGCAUGCACAAAGACUAAGCAUAAAACCACAUAGAGACAGCA